AUGUCAACCCCCUCCUCUUUCCUCCCUACACACCUCCUGCCCAGCCACUCCUCUCGGGUUUCCUGGGGCCCCUGGGCCUACUCUCGAACACACCUCCUGCCUGAACACCUCGUUUCUUUCCGCACCACUCGAGACCCCCAGACGCCCUCCGGCCCUCCCUGGCUCCUCGCGCUCGGCCUGCCAGCCGCACUUCCCCCUACCGGGACCCCCUCUUCCACCAUUCCCCUUCACGCCUCGGGUGGCCUUCCCGGUAUCUGCCCCUCACMCGCAACGUUAACCUGGCAUCGGCUUUCCAUUUCUGCCUCGAGUCCCCUGUCUCCUCCUUCCACGGCCACCCCGUUCGCCCCUUGCCCUCCCAAAACCCCUCACAACCUCCUGAACCUCUACACGCUGUCCCCACCCGCCAGAAUGUCCUCCAUACCUCUCGCACUCGCCCUUGCCCCACGGGCCCCCCAAACCUACCCGAAGGCCCUCCACCCUCCACUGGGCUGGAUCCCUGUACCCGCCACUCUCCUCCAAUCUACCCACACCCUCGGCCCGGCCCCCAAGCCUCUCCCCCAGCUCCUGCCCCCAAUGUCCUCCAACACCUGCCCGGAGCCCUCCAGCCGACCCAGAGCUCCCGGCGCCCGUCCCCCACGCUGCCCACGCCCUCCGGGUGCUCGGGGCCGGGACCCCAUCCCCCGAAGGUGA